UAGCCAGAGUGAGUCCUGUGUGUCCCUCAGUCAGCCUCCCUGCUCCAGUCCACUCCAGCUGCCAGCCCAGACCCUUCUCCUGUUCCAGCCCAGACCCUUCUCCUGUUCCAGCCCAGACCCUUUUCUUGCUCCAGCCCAGACCCUUCUCCUGCUCCAGCCAAGACCCUUCUCCUGCUCCAGCCAAGACCCUUCUCCUGCUCCAGCCCAGAACAUUCUCCUGCUCUAGCCAAGACCCUUCUCCUGCUCCAGCCCAGAACAUUCUCCUGCUCCAGCCCAGACCCUUCUGCACUCCACCAUGAGCUCCUACCGCUCUUCUGCUCAGUCGGCCCAGUCUGGCUCCUCCUCCUACCGCCGCACCUUUGGCGCAGGAUACAGCCCUGCCAUGUCCCAUUCCCUCUACAGCAGCCGGGGCUCGGGCGGAGGGCUCGGACUCGGACAUGGCGGCUCCGGCCACAUCUCCUCCCGGGUCUACGAAGUCACCAAGACCUCCGCCUCGCCCUCUUACUCAGGCUACCGCACCUCGUCUCACUUUGGCGGACCUGUGAUGUCAUCGACCGCCCACGGUUCGCGGUCCUACGCGGGGAUGGGGGAGACGCUGGACUUCAGCCUGGCCGACGCGCUGAACCAGGAGUUCCUCCACACGCGCACCAACGAGAAGGUCGAGCUGCAGCACCUGAACGACCGCUUCGCCAGCUACAUCGAGAAAGUUCGCUUCCUGGAGCAGCAGAACGCUACAUUGGUGGUGGAGAUUGAGAGGCUGCGGGGGCGUGAACCCACACGCAUCGCCGACCUGUACGAAGAGGAGAUGAGGGACCUGCGUCGCCAGGUGGAGGCCUUGACCAAUCAGAGGAGCCGCGUCGAGGUGGAGAGGGACAACCUGGGCGAAGACUUGGACAAACUCAAACUCAGACUGCAGGAAGAGAUCCUUCAGAGGGAGGACGCAGAGAACAACCUGGCUGCUUUCAGAGCUGAUGUUGAUGCUGCCACUCUGGCCCGUCUAGACUUGGAGAGACGCAUCGAGACGCUACAGGAGGAGAUCGCCUUCCUCAAGAAGAUUCACGAGGAGGAGAUCCGUGAGAUGCAGUCCCAGAUGCAGGAGACCCAGGUGCAGAUCCAGAUGGACAUGUCCAAGCCGGACCUGACAGCUGCCCUCAGGGACAUCAGGGCUCAGUACGAGGGCAUCGCCGCCAAAAACAUCUCAGAGGCCGAGGAGUGGUACAAGUCUAAGGUGACAGACCUGAACCAGGCGGUGAACAAGAACAAUGAGGCUCUGAAGGAGGCCAAGAUGGAGACCAUGGAGUUCAGACACCAACUCCAGUCCUACACCUGUGAGAUUGACUCACUUAAAGGCACCAACGAGUCUCUGAUGAGGCAGAUGAGAGAGAUGGAGGAGCGCAACGGGCGGGAGGCCGGCGGGUUCCAGGACACCAUCUCCCGUCUGGAGGCUGAGAUCGCCAACAUGAAGGAUGAGAUGGCCAGGCACCUGAGAGAGUACCAGGACCUGCUCAAUGUCAAGAUGGCCCUGGACGUAGAGAUAGCAACCUACAGGAAACUGCUGGAGGGAGAGGAGAGCAGGAUUUCCCUGCCCAUACAGAACUAUUCCACCAUGACUUUCCGUGAAACGAGUCCAGAGCAUCAUCACCGCGUUGCUGAGUCACACUCAAAGAAAAGUGUCCUUAUCAAGACCAUCGAGACCCGUGACGGAGAGGUGGUCUCUGAGUCAACACAGCACCAGCAGGAUAUCAUGUAACAGACAAACAGAAGAGAAGAUGAAGACUGAGGGAAGACAAAAAGACUAAAUAAAAACGAAAAGGACUUUAUCAACUCA